CGAUAAAUAAACGACAAACUAAACUAAUAUAAUGUUCAAACUAAUUUUACAAAUAGUUCUAAUAAGUAUUUUCUAUUCAACUGUAUAUUGCAAACAUAAAUGUGAAAAAUCGAUCACUACUGUUUUUGGUACAAAAGCGCCAAAAGGAUUUUGUUCAGGUGAUGUGAUAUUCAACGAAAAUUUUGACACUUUUGAACUUGAAACAUGGGAGCAUGAACGGACACUUGGAGGUAGAUCUCACAAUGAUCAAUUUCAAUGGUAUCUCAAUAACAGAAGUAACAGCUUUGUUAGAGAUGGUAUUUUGCACAUAAAGCCUACUUUACUAGCUGAUGAUAGAGGAGAAGAUUUUCUCUACAACGGAACACUUGAUCUCAACAAAGAAUUUCCGAACCAAGGUUGCACAAGUGAUAUAAAUGAUGGCUGCGUUAGAACGGGAAAUUCGAGAAUAAUAUUAAAUCCUACUAAAAGUGCCAGAAUCCAUACUAACCGUUCUUUUUCCUUUAAAUAUGGUAGAGUAGAAGCUAAAGUUAAAGUCCCAUUGGGUGAUUGGUUGUGGCCAGCUCUGUGGAUGAUGCCAAGAGAAAACCAUUAUUCAUCCUGGCCCGUUUCAGGUGAAAUAGAUAUCUUGGAAAGUAGAGGAAAUAGCAAUUUCCUAAAAGACGGAAUAAAUAUUGGAGUAGAACAGGUGGGCAGCACUUUAAUUUAUGGACCGAGUAAAAAUGUACAUCGGUAUCCGCAAGCCACAAUUAACAAACAAAAAGGUUGGCACAAAGAGUUUCACACUUAUGAGCUAUAUUGGAAUACUACAUCUAUAACUUUUUCAAUCGAUAAACAAGUUUUGAGUACGACCGCUCCUCCAGAAGGCGGCUUUUGGGAACUUGGGAAGUUCCCACAUAACAUGAAAAAUCCUUGGGCAGCGGGAACCAAGAUGGCACCAUUUGAUCGAGAAUUUUACUUUAUAAUAAAUGUUGCUAUAGGCGGUACAUCGUAUUUUCCAGAUCAGGCUCAAAAUGAUGACGGUUACGCAAAACCUUGGAAAAAUUCAGAUGGUCGAGCAAGUAUGACUAAGUUCUGGAAGGCAAAACAUCUAUGGAUGCCGACUUGGAAUAUGACGACUGACAGCAGUCACUUUCAGAUUGACUAUAUAAAAGUUUACGCAUUGUAAAUUAUUCAGAGAACAGUUUUAAUUUAAAAAAAUUGUAAUUUAUUUAUAUUAUCCGCUGAGAACUCGUAGAUAGAGGGGAUAUUUAAAAGUUCGUGAGCGCCAGUAGUGCCAAAUUAGUGAACUUCGAUUGAAAAUUUGACAUAAAUGGGAAUAAUUUAAAGCAUUGAAACUAAAAACAUUAAUUGGAAAAAAAUUAGUUGGCCAAAGCUGUGGCAUAUAUUUUUAUCUUAAAUAUUCACUCCGUGCGUGACCAUGGUGGGGAUACACGAAACUGUGCCAGCGCCCCUAGCGGCGAAAUAUGACAAUUUUGAGAAUUUUUGUAAGGUCAAUGUCAUUAUGUUCGUUCACGGACCCUGUCGAUGAUUUUUAAUCCACGACAACGCAUGCGCACUUUAAUUCCAUAUUAUAUUUAUUUAAUGUAUUAUCGUUUAUUGAUAAAUAUACCAGUAUAAUAGUAAUUAAUAAUUAAUUAAUAAUAUUAAUUAAUAGUAAAUAUACCUUGUAUAUUUAUCUAUCAACGUUAUUAUUUAUAUUAUUUUAAAGUGCGCAUGCUCCACUUCUAGUGGACUAGUCCCUGACUAGUCCGCGAACACACAUUUGUUUAUAUUUGAACAUGAUAUUUGAUUUAUGUUAAAACAAAUUUGAUAAAAAAUGGUAAAUAAAUAGUACAUAUUAACGUCAAAUAUGUCAUAUGUGUAUCAUAUGUUUAACGUCAAAUUGUGGUCGCCAAAAAUGUCAGGCGACUACGCUAGGUGUCGCGUCAGUCAUGCACGGAGCGAAUACUUAGGUUUCAAAUACUAAAAUUUUGUUUUUUAACAUUUUAUAAUAUAAUUAAUCUAUUAAUCUAGCGCCAUCUACAUGGUAAUUGUGAAACUAUUGGAAGCAGGAAAUAAGGAAACUAAUAUUCGCAGUCAAUAUAACCUCAAAGUGAUAGAGAAAAGAAAAGCUUUAAAAAAUAAUAAUAAUCAAUAAUAAAUUCUGUACUUACUGAUAUUAAUCAUCGAUUACAAUCUAAUUACUUCUUUUCGUUGUAAGUAUUACACGAUAAAAAUUAAACAGUAAGUUUGAAACAAUUUAAAUUUUCAACCGAAGUUGCACCAGUAAUCCGCUAGUUGGCGAUACCAGCGAAACUCACAGCGAAUAUGGGUCGCUAAUCAAAGUUUGAAAUGUUUGAUUUGAAAAAAUUGUUAAUCUCUAAAAAUUUAUGGUUUUACUGGUCCUUGGCAACAGUGAUAAUCGCAAGAUAGAAAAAUCAUUAAUAAAAUGAGAAUUUUUGUAGAUUUUCAACGAAAAUUUCGUUUUCGUUGAUAAUUUUUCGAAGUCUGUUCGUUCGUUCGUUUGUGCGUCGUCGCCUCUGAAAUACUUAAAGACGAUCUAUCAAUGGAUUCAUAUUCAGUUUUGUCUCCCAAAUCCAAAUCUGCAAAUGGCAUUUCUAUAUCUCGAACCAUCUUCGAGAUAACCGACGUCAAAGUCGAAAAUUAAAUUGUGACAAUUGUCACAAUCUUUCGAGUACAUUACUCGGUUCGACUGACACAAGUAAACGUCAAAUCGAAAUGUCAGUGUAAUGUAAUGUUAAAUGGCACUGUUUUUUAUUUAAGCUGUCCUGUGCACCUAACUUCUGGAUAAUUUUAAUAUUUAUUGAUUAUUUAUAUUUUAAACAAAUUAUUAUGUUAUAUGCAAAUAAUAAUAAAUUAUUAUUUUUGUAAUUUAA